CAGGAUGACACGGCUCAUCGGUCGGUGUCAUCAAUGACGUCUCACCUGUAGCUCAGUCAGUGGUUAAUACACCUCCACCGACUUGUAACGCAGCGAAGUAUGAGGAGUGUGCGUAAUGUCUAACGUCGUUCACCAGGGUAGGAAAUACGUGCCCACGCGCUCUUCGGUCACGGAUGACCAUUAAUCGUACGAACUGUUCAUAUCAAUCAAUACCCCGGUACACAGAGCGAGGCACCGAAGGCUACUUGGCCGCCGCCGGGCGCUAAAAUGCGGAUCUCUAAGGCCAACAAGGGCGCGGUGGUUGUGAGAGCUGUCCGGCGUAACUUGUCGCCUCAACCGGCCAGUCUGGAGGCGGCUUGGAGUGAGAGAGGCCACUCAGGGGUGAAGCCAUCGGGUUCCCCCAGCCAUGAGGGGAGAAACGGCGAGCCAGGAGCCGGCAGGAACGGGAUGGAGGGUCACGGUGGAGGGCCAGCUCGCAGCAGAAAAAAGGGGUUCAGAGCUCCCGAUGUGAGGACCAUCUUCUCCCCCGGAGAGAGGGACCCCAGGGUGAAAGAGGAGUCCGGGGAGGGACACACCUUCGAGCCCGGUGGCGAGGACACCUGGUGUGAUGUUUGUUGUAACUACAUCUUCCAGCAUGGUCUCACCUGUACAGGUUGUAAGUACGCGUGUCACACUGGCUGUCGGGGCCGAGUGUCACUGGACUGUCAUCCUGCAGCUUCAGCCAUCAGUCAGGACCAGCUCAACAACAACACACCGCCACAUGAUGUGGAGAAGGAGAGAGAAUUGCGGACGGAGUUCAGCAGGGAGGAAAUCAGGCAGAAGAUCGAGCAGUACAACAUGCUGACCAAAGACCACCUUAAAAUGACACUUAAUCCUACUGGUGUGUAUACUGGUUUCAUCAAGGUCCAGAUGGAUCUGAGGAGGCCGGUGACGGUGCGGGGAGGUCAGAGAGGAGCGGGAGGAGCACGGGGGGAGGAGGCCUUCUAUCUGCCCAGAGGAGUCAUCAACACCCUCCACAUCAGCUCCAGUAACACAGUCAGACAGGUGAUCGUCGCCCUGCUGGGCAAGUUCACAGUCGCGGACAACCCGGCCAAAUACGCCUUGUACAAACGCUAUCGCAGGGAGGAGCAGGUGUAUGUGUGUAAGCUGGCGGAUGGCGAGCAGCCGUUGUUUCUCCGUCUGGUGGCGGGACCCGAAGACGACACACUCAGCUUCGUACUGAGAGAACAGCAGACUGGAGAAGUCAUGUGGGAUGCAUUCUCCAUCCCCGAGUUGCGGAACUUCCUGCGGAUCCUCGACAAGGAGGAGGAUGAGCAGAAGGAGGCGGUGAUUCGCCGCUACCAGGCCUACCGCCAGAGACUGCUGGAGGCGCAGAGGGAGGUCAGAGGGCCCUCUUAGAGGAUGAACCUCCAUGAAACAGGACUAAUGCCCCCUAGAGGAUGGAGGAGGUGGAUUUCUUUUUUUACCUCCUCAGAGGAGAAAAAUAGUGUAAAUUUUGAUGGAGAGAGGGAUGUGAACGUAAAAUGAGAAGAGAGGAUCCAACGCCUGGAAGAAGUGAUGAUACAGACAGAAAGAGGGAUGAUAUAAAAAAGACAAAUAAAGAAAAUAAACUGACAGACUUGGGCAAGCAAAGGAUCAACGGACAAAAUCCGGAUGCUGGAGUUUGAUCCAGCCCGGAUUAAAGAAUUCAAACUGCUGCCUGCUCACACCAAAGAUUCACUUAAUUGUGCCAUAUUCAUUCAUCCUCUCUCCCUCUCUCCGUCCAUCCCUCUCCUCUUCUUUUUUCUCUCACUCUGUCCUGCUGUCACAUAAUUUAUCUGAUUCCUCUACCUUUCCCCUCUUUAUCCUUUUUAAACUUGUGAAAGACUCAAAGCCAUAUGUUGAGUCAGAGUUUUAUUUAAUUUUGUUUGUUUUAAAGGUCUGUACAUAUUUUUUUUUUUAUUUAUAUGGGUGAAGCUUUUUAUUGUUUUGUUAUCUUGAAACAAAAAAAGUCUUAUUUUAGUUUUUUGUACAGAGGCGGAGCACCAAUCUGGUUGUUGACACAGACACGGAGAAUAGUUAAUCCAGACUGCUACUACAAGUAAAUACACAACAUGAGCAUCAGCUGUGGCUACAUGACAGGAAUACCAGAUCAUUUAGAGAAGACCCUGGAGGUAAUGAAGUCUUCAUUAUCUUUGCGUUUUGCUUUAAUUACCCUGAAAGUUGAGAAAUAUUUCCGACAUGAGAAAGGAACAAGUAGCCUGAAUGCAGGUAUGGAGUCUCAAGUGUGCCAAAUUGUGUUUAAUUAUACUUUUUUUUUUUUUUUUGCUUUAUUUAUUAUUGUUUUUAAUAGAACAUAAAGAUGGCAAAAUAAACAAUAAAAUAACAGAACAGACAAGGUCACCAGGGACAACACGACUUUUAAAAUUGAUUUAGCAAGUCCAUUAUAAAUAAUCAAAUAGUUUUGAAGGAACUUUUCAUUAUAAUUUUUCAGGAUGCAUAUAUGCCAUCGUCCAUUUCAUAUCUUCGAAGCAAAUAAGCACCAAAAUGUGACAAUCAUCGUCCUGCUUUUAUCAUCUUUUACGUAUACAAUAUAGAAACUAAAAUAAAGUGUAUAUAUAUUUACUUCUAUUUUAUUUUGUAUGCAUAAUUAUAUUGCAAUUUUAAAUAUUCAAUUAAUAAUUGCUAUAGUCUAUUAUUAUUUUUAUUAUUAUUGGCACAUUUCAGACUCCAUAGUAGUUGGCCUGAAACUGAAUGUUGUAGACAGAGGUAGAGAAAUAAAGAGGUUAGGUUUCAUGUGACUGAAAACAGACGGACACAAACUCUACUGACUCAUAAUCGAAGAGGAACGGUUUCUACGGAAAGACUAAAACGAUAGUGUCAAAUAGAAGCUUGUGAGCGCAGGGAGAAAUUUAAUUUUGGUUGAUUGUUUUGGUGAGUGAAGAUGAGUGAGGAUGAUGAAGAUUAACUGGUUGGAUUUGAAGCCUUUGGUUGCGUUUUCACACCACCAGCAGAGUUUGGAUGGACCCCUGACCUUUGUAUGGUCAGAGGAGGGAGAAGUGAGAUUGACCGGUUUCUGGAAGUUGACCAAGUAGUUUAGAGGAAGUAGACGAGAAAACAAUAGAUGGAGGAAGGAAGGAAAAAAUACAGAAGACAUGAGAAAGACUGCCAUAAAAGCAGUGUGACCAUAACCUUGUAGGAGAGUGACCGGAUUAUCCUAGAACAAGUCACCGUGAUUAACUGCUUGUUCAUUUUUUUGCAUUAAUGAAAGCUCCUGUAAUCCACAGCUGAGAGAAAAGGAGGCCUGGAAGUGCUGAUAGCUGCAGAAAACAGAGGAGGAUAGAAAAACUGGCUGCAUUGUGUCUCCUGUCUAUCUGUCUGCAGGCAUUCAUUUAAAAACGCCUGUGUUUUUGUGCUCUUAUCUCAAGUUAAAACGUGCAGCCUUGACUUCCUUGUCAACCUGCUGUUUCAGCUUUUUUUUCUGGUGGAUAAAAUAUUAAAAGAGGGAAACAAGGAAAGAAAGAAAGGAUGAUAGUAUUAAGAAUAUGAAUGAAAGAUAUGCAUCAGCAAGUGCAAAAGAAGGUAUAAAAGUGUAGGCAUUUUUGUGCAGUAAGGGUUCAUGAAAGUAAGUAAAUAGCUGCCUUAAAUAUAUAUAUGCUAUGUCGUCUUAAAUAUAUGCAGCGUAUCAUUUAUGGCUUAGAGACCAAAGAGGCUUUUUUUUCUCAAUGUAGUUUUGUAGAAAAAUCUGUUUGUUUUUUUGCUUUUUGAAUCAGCAGUAAUUCAGAUAUUUGAGGAAACAACAAAUAAGUAGAGAUAAAUCACAAAGACAAUAAUUUGGACAAACUACAGAUCAGAUUAAAAUGUAUCAUUAGUCAUUGUUUGAGCUGCAGGUACUGAAUGAAGUACAAUACCACCAACUAGUGGACAAAUACUGCUACUAUUCUCUCAUUUCUGUGUCAAACUAUCUUAUAGAUUUAUUUUUUUGUUAUAACCAAAGGUAUUUUUGUUGUGUUGCCUGGAGCAAAAAAUAUUAGAGCCCUCUUCCUACUGAAGGGAAAACGCAUAUAUAGUUUAGAGUUUUAUUUAAAGGGUUUUAACCUUCGUUUAUGCUACUAUCAAACACUGGGUUAAUGCUAUGGAAGCAAAUAAAAGAAGGUCUGAAAAAUUUGAAUCUUACAAGCAGCUGAAUGCCUAAUGUGGUUUUAAUUCCCCUCUUUUACAUUCCCAGCAAGUCAUUUCAAGUUGUGCUAUACUGUAAAAACUUAAUUUUAGGGUUCACAAAUUCCGAUAGAAAAUGUAAGUGUAUAAAAAACUAUUUAAAAAAACAACAACACAAUAUUCAAGUUGUCAUUUUCCGGAUCUAAAAAUUAAAAUCAAGUCAUAAAAUCAAGUCGCUUAAACUGGUCUAUAUCAGACACCAAAAUUUAAACUAAAACAUUUGGGCAAAGAAUUAGCAAAACUUGAAUUUAACAACUGGAUAUUUCAAACAACUCCCAUAAAUUAGCCGUUCAGUCGCUUAUAAAGCUCAAACUAUUUUGGCCUUUUUUUGCUUCCCUAUAAUAUAAUUAAAAAUGAUACGAAAGUCUGCAUGAAAACAGUCAAUUAAUCUUAAAGCCAUGUUGUUGUUUGUGUGUCUGAUAAACAAUGUUAGCUGUUAAAACACAUCAAAGACUGGUCGUAUCAAAAUAUUUCGGGCACUUUAACUUUGAAUUCAGGAAAGACGGGUUUUUUUGAUUUUUCUUUUUUCUCCUGUUUAAACUACCGCCAUGACAUUCUGACUUAAUCUUAACAUCAUAUAAACUAUAAUCUAUUUUGAAAGAUCUUGUUAGGCUCCACUCAUAAUUAUGUUUUUUUUUUUUUUAACAAAUGGAAGUACAGUGUGACAGAAGUUAGGUAUUUUAAGCUCUUUUGUUUUUUUGUCUCAACGAGCUUCCGUAUACUUUGAGUUUAGCUGUAGACUGUGAAACGUUUUGUUGAAUCCUGCAUGUGUUCCCGUUUGUCUCUUUGUAUACAUACAUGCUUACUGUACACACUACUGGGUAUGCUCCACAUUAAAGCAUGCGUUGUCAUAGAUAAAACAGGGUCAGGCGGCAUUUGGAAAUACAUUUUUGGAGUGACAAUGAUUGAAAACAUAAUGUUUUUCAAAUGCUGUCAGAUCUGCUCGGAAUAUAAAUUAGGCUUUAUUAUGAAAAGCUUUUGGGCCAGUAGUGUUAAUGAAUGAAGAGUUGAUAUAUGACACCUGGUAUGUAUUCAGAUAUCUUGUUUUAAGGCUGUUCAAUCGUGUCAAAAUAUUCAGAUGGUUUAUCGUAUCUAGUUUCUCCUCCAAUUGUCAUGUUACACCACAUAAUGCUGAUUGUUUAAUUGCUGAUGAGAUGUGGUUGAAAGUUUUGGAAUAACAUGUUUAGUUUGUUUCCUAGAACUUCUUUUAUACAUUCAGUUUUGCCUCGAGCUUCAACAAUUAGUCGAGAUAAAGCAAUUAGUCGAUCAUAAGACAGCUAUUCUGAAACUAUUUUGAUCGUUUAUCAAGCAAAAAUACAUGCCAAACAUGCUUCUGUUCCAGCUUCUCAAAUGUGAGGACUCACUUCUUUCUUUUGUUGUAUAUGUUGAUAAACUGAAUAUGGUUGAGUUUGGGACUGUCCGCACAAAACAACCAGUUUUUAAUAUGUUGUCGUUGGCUCUGGAGAGUAAUUAUCGGCAUUUUCUGCUGUUUUCUUACAUGUCAUAGGCAUACAUUUAUGGGUUCCAGCCUCUCAAAUGUGAGUAUUUCCUGGUUUUCUUACACUUUUAUGAUAGUAAACUGUCAAGGUCUACUUACUUAAUUUUUCCGGCGCUUUCAGUGCACUUGUGAUAUGAUUUCUUUGACAGAUUGGCUGAACUGUAUAACAACAACACAGCCUACCGUAUCUAUAAAAUAUAUUGCAGAUAUAGAUAUAAAGAUAACACUAUUUAUUUUUUUAGUCUAUCAGUCUGGUUUUAUGGAGUCCCAAGAGUGCCCCAAAACUUUUAAUUAAAGAGAUUUAAUAAGAUUAUCUUUUCAACAAAACCAGUUUUGUGCAUCCCAAAAUAUUUAGAUGUAGUCAGUGAAUAUAAAUUUGACAUAUCAGCAUUAAGUGGUGUAAAAGGAUAAUUGGAAUUAUACUCGAUACAAGAAUAUUUAUUUACUUUGUUGUGGUUUUAUAAAUCGCACAUUUAGAUGGCAGCUGUUCUGGAGAUUUUGAUCAUUUUACAUCUUUCAUCUUCAUCAGCAAAAGGAACUUUAGAAAAUCUAGUUUACAUUUUUUUCUGAGCACUUGAACUGUAAGUUCUUUUCAUCCAAAGCUGAGGUUCAAAGUUUAUUCUUAUUCUAGGAAACUUAACAAAACAAACUUAUGUCAUGAUCAUUUGAUAAGAUCGAAAGCUCCAGAACGGCCACUACUAAAUGGGCCUUGUGGUGAGUUUUCUCAGCAGCUCCUAAAUUAUAUAUCUGACCUAUCCGCUUAAAGUUCCGAGGAGGUUCUAGGCUCUCAAGAACUUCUGUUUUGUGCGAUCUGUGUCUAGUUUGAACAUCCAGAAACUGUAAUGUCAAAUGCCAAAGAUCUGUGUAUAGCUCUUCUGCCAUGUAUUGAUAUUGUUUCCAAUUAUGCUGUUUUUUGUUGACUAUAUAGAGAACAGAUCAGGUUUAUCUCACAUGAUGAGGUCCUCGUAAGCAUCCGAGCUCAGAAACACAAAGUUCACGGUUUGUUUUACACACAAAAAAAGGUCACAGGUUUUCAUUUCAGACCUGAGCUGCAUAAUCCAAAAUGAUUGUCGUGUUUAGAAUCGAAAGAAAGGAUGAAAAGAAGAUGGUUCAUAAUGAUGACACAUUCUUUCUUUUUUUUUUUCAAUUCACCAAUCUGUCUACUCACGAUUAAAGUCAAUGGAAGCUAUAUUUUAGUGCAAGAUUUAGUUGAAGUUUGGCCUUUGAGCUCAGGUCUGAAAGCUCUGACCUUCCGCAGUGCCUUUUU